GAUUUCCUCACAGCCCAUUCGAAGUCCAUGCCAAAACUAGCCGUGGAUUUCUUCCUUUUAAUCUGCCUUAGUCAAUUAUUGUCAUUGCUCUGACUCUCCACUUUUGAUCUGAACCAGUCAGAGGAGGCUGGGUAUCUGCAGGACUUAGUCUAAGACCACAAACAACUCUAAUCCGUGAGAAAAGACAGAAAUAAGACAAAAAAGAAGGGGAACCCCUAACGUUUUUCUGGCAAACCAUUCAUCCUUUCGAUUGCUGACUGGUCACAGAGUGGGAUGAGGAAUAUGAAGGAUUUGGAAGACUUCUCCAGGUGAUUGUCAAAGGAGAUCUGUCUGAGGGGAGGUAAAAACAGGAGGGUGACCGGGCAUCCCAGUGAACCAUAGGAUGGUCUUGCUUCUCCCCUGGCUCUUCAUUAUUCUAUGGCUAGAAAAUGCCCAAGCUCAACUUGAAGAUGAAGGCAACUUCUACUCUGAAAAUGUCAGUCGGAUUCUUGACAACUUGCUGGAAGGCUAUGACAACCGUCUACGGCCAGGAUUUGGGGGUGCUGUAACAGAAGUCAAAACAGACAUCUAUGUGACCAGCUUUGGACCUGUGUCAGAUGUGGAGAUGGAGUAUACAAUGGAUGUUUUCUUCCGCCAGACUUGGACUGAUGAGAGACUGAAAUUUAAAGGCCCUGCUGAGAUUCUGAGCUUAAAUAACUUGAUGGUCAGUAAGAUCUGGACUCCUGACACUUUUUUCCGGAAUGGGAAAAAGUCAAUUGCUCACAACAUGACCACCCCCAACAAGCUCUUCCGAUUAAUGCAGAAUGGAACAAUCCUCUAUACCAUGAGGCUCACCAUCAACGCUGAUUGCCCCAUGAGAUUGGUUAACUUCCCUAUGGAUGGACACGCUUGUCCACUCAAGUUUGGGAGCUAUGCUUAUCCUAAAACUGAAAUCAUAUAUACAUGGAAAAAAGGACCACUUUACUCAGUAGAAGUCCCAGAAGAAUCUUCUAGCCUCCUCCAGUAUGAUUUGAUUGGGCAAACAGUUUCUAGUGAGACAAUUAAAUCUAACACUGGUGAAUAUGUAAUCAUGACAGUCUAUUUCCACUUACAAAGGAAGAUGGGCUAUUUCAUGAUCCAGAUAUACACUCCGUGCAUCAUGACAGUCAUUCUUUCUCAAGUGUCUUUCUGGAUUAAUAAGGAGUCAGUCCCAGCAAGAACUGUCUUUGGAAUCACCACUGUUUUAACCAUGACCACCUUAAGCAUCAGUGCUCGGCACUCUCUACCCAAAGUGUCCUAUGCAACCGCCAUGGAUUGGUUCAUAGCUGUAUGCUUUGCUUUUGUCUUUUCUGCUCUCAUUGAAUUCGCAGCUGUCAACUACUUCACCAAUCUCCAGUCACAGAAGGCUGAAAGGCAGGCACAAACUGCAGCCACGCCCCCUGUGGCAAAGUCAAAAGCGUCUGAAUCCCUGCAAGCAGAGAUUGUUGUGACAGCGCCCCCCCAAAAAAGAAGAAGAAGAAGAAGAAGAAGAAGAAGAAGAAGAAGAAGAAGAAGAAGAAGAAGAAGAAGAAGAAGAAGAAGAAAGAAAGAAGAAGAAGAAGAAGAAGAAGAAGAAGAAGAAGAAGAAGAAGAAGAAGAAGAAGAAGAAGAAGAAGAAGAAGAAGAAGAAGAAGAAGAAGAAGAAGGGGGGGGGGAGUGCUGCCAUCUUCAGUGUUUACCUGAGGGCAGGAUGAGUUGCUCACUGGUAGAGACAUAUUUAACAUGUGCAAAGCCAGGCACUUAAACUCUAGCACCACAAACACAUACACAAAGUUAAAGCUUUGCUGUAACUUUUAGGAAAAUGACAAUAUAACAUACUAUUGUGAAUUUGUUGAUGAUUUGCCAUACAGAGUUAAUACAUAUGUGUCAGUGGAAAGUCAUGCCUCUGGAGACAAAGACAGGGCAUCUUUUUUAGUUUGCUAUGUUGAUGAUUGUUACUUCUCUUUCUUAGCAUUCUGACUCCAAGUACCAUCUGAAGAAGAGAAUCAGCUCUCUGACUUUGCCCAUCGUUCCAUCUUCUGAGGCCAGCAAAGCCCUCAGUAGAACGCCCAUCUUAAAAUCGACGCCUGUCUCUCCCCCAUUGCUCUUACCAGCCACUGGGGGCACCAGCAAAAUAGAUCAGUAUUCUCGAAUUCUCUUCCCAGUAGCUUUUGCAGGAUUCAACCUUGUGUACUGGAUAGUUUACCUUUCCAAAGAUACAAUGGAAGUGAGCAGUACUGUUGAGUAGUUUGUAACCAGAAAAAUCUGGAUACUGUAGUUUGUCAUUUUCCAUUUUCCUCACUGACAGAACACAAAUUAUUGAGGUUAGUAGACAUAGUCUCAUUUCAGAUACGACUUGAAAAUUGAAUGUCUGCAUUUCAUAAUAUGGAAUAGGUAUGUAUGGGCUAAAAACAAUAGUGGUACUCUUCAAAAUUAAAUUUAAAAUAAAAUUUAGAAGGCUACUGAAAAUACAAAUUUUCUGUAAAUAAUAUUAAUAAUAGUAAUAAUAAUAAUAAUGUGAAUAAGGUAGAUUCAAAAUGAGUUUGCCAACCUUUGUCUUCAUAUUCAAUAUCUUAAUUGUCACUGUGAAUAAUAUUUUCCACAUAGCAGAUAAAUUCAGACAUACUGACCCUUCUAAAGCUUGCCUUAAAUUUAUUUAUUUUGUCUUAAUUUCUACUCUAAAUAUUUAUUGGUAUGUUUAUACAGCAUGCUGGUGGCCUUUACAAUUUUACAAGAACUUUCAGUGGCAUUGGACUGCUUAUAUUUAGUUUAGACAUUUCUUUUUAACCUUGCUGUGUUCUUUUACCUCAAUAAAAUGUGGCAUUAUAUAAAAAUAAAUAAUACAUAGUUUAUAAAUUAUGUAUGCAUAUGUACAUAGCUUUAGUUAUGCUGCAAUACUGUUGCUAUUUCCCACUAAAUUCACAUUUAAAAAGAAGAUGCUUGCUAACACCAGGAGGUUCUAGCAAGGUCACUUGGUGGACUAUACUAUGACUGUAUAUUCUGAUUAUGGCUACCAUCAUAUGCUACACUUUCCUAAAUAUAAUGCUAAAUAAAACCACAACAGGCCUGCA